CUUUUUGUUUGUCAUCAUCUUUGUGAAUUUUACUUUGAUACAGAAUAUUUCAGUCUGUUUUAGGAAUAUUAGCUCAUUCUUCGGACGAAAAUGGCUCUAGCAGACGUUUGCGGAUUUUCCAAGGGUAACUUAUUUGCUGGCACACAGAUUGGUGAUCAUCUCUUCAAAAGGGACAUCGCUUUGAGCAGCCAAAAUUUGCAGAAUAGUUUUGCGUUAGCGGUUCCUCCGUUCCAAGAUCCGGCAGAGAACUUAGCCAAACUAUCGGCUCAUGGCAAAUCGAGUGGAAUCAAGAUGGAAUUUGAUCACGGUACCACUACGCUCGGAUUUCGAUUCCAAGGUGGCGUUAUUCUGGCAGUGGAUUCUCGUGCCACUGGUGGUCAGUUCAUCGGUUCACAGACGAUGAAGAAGAUCGUGGAGAUCAAUGAUUACUUGUUAGGUACUUUAGCCGGUGGUGCUGCCGAUUGUGUCUACUGGGAUCGGGUACUGGCUAAAGAAUGCCGAAUAUAUGAGUUGCGGAACAAAGAACGAAUUUCGGUGGCGGCUGCCAGUAAAAUCAUGUCCAACAUUGUGUACUACUACAAAGGAAUGGGACUGAGCAUGGGUAUGAUGUUAGCUGGUUAUGAUAAACGGGGUCCCCAGUUGUACUACAUCGACUCAGAAGGAACACGUACACCUGGUAAGGUGUUUUCUGUGGGCAGUGGCUCCAUCUAUGCUUAUGGUGUUCUUGACUCCGGUUAUCGAUGGGACUUACCUGAUGAAGAAGCACAGGAUCUAGGUCGACGCGCUAUCUAUCAUGCCACACAUCGCGAUGCAUAUUCCGGAGGAAUUGUGCGAGUUUAUCAUAUUAAGCCCACCGGAUGGGUGAAUAUUUCCAACCAAGACUGUAUGGAUCUGCACUUUAAGUAUCAGGAAGAGAAGCAGCAGAAGUUUGGUUCAUAAAAAACACUAAUCCAUAUGUAUUGUAUUCAGCUCAUUCGAAAAGGAAUUAACUUGAAAAUAAAACCUUGUUUUGAAAUCUAA